UCAACAACACAAUAGUUUUUCAACAUUUCCUGAUAGUUUCGUGCUCCGAAAAAUUUUUUUUAGUCAUUAUGCCGCGGUACUAUCCCAAACAAGAGAAAAUUGUUGAUUUCGACAACAUUUUGGAGGCGAUCAAGUCGGUGAAAAUACAUCACAACAGCGUUCGACAAUCUGCGACGGCACACAAAAAUCCGAGGACCAACCUGAUGCGUUAUAUUGCAGCAUUUGAUGGUGCGAGCAUCGAGUUACUACUGCCAAUGCCGAUGUAAUGAAGAAUUUGCUGGCUGAAAGCACGACGAUGGGCACAAAAACAAUCCUCAUCAUCGAACAAGAGAAGGCGCUGAUAAGCUACAUUCUCCAGGCCAGCGACAUCAAGUAUGGAAUUAGUUUGAUGGAGCUUCGUAAGCUCGCGUAUGAAUUUGCUCGGAAAGUUGGCGCGUCGUACCCGGAUCCAUGGAACGACAAUCAACAGGCGAGUAAGGAUUGGCAGUAGGCGUUCAUGAAACGCCACAAAAAUUUGUCACUGCGAACACCAGAGCAAGUAAGCCAGAGCCGUGCGAAGCAAUUCAACAAAGAGAAUGUCGAUGCAUUCUUUGCCAACCUUUCAUCCGUUCUCGGUAAGACGCCGUUUGAACCUCACCGAAUAUGGAACAUGGAUGAAACCGGGUGCCCGACCGUGCCAACCAGACUUUGGCUUUGGCCGUCAGCGCUAGUGGCCAGUCUAUACCGCCAUUCUUCCUCUUUCCCCGAGUCAACAGGAAAGAGAUUUUUAUGACUCAUGCGAGUCAUGGCGCUGUUGGUGUUGCGAACGGUUCUGGUUACAUGAACUCUGACGUAUUCCCUCAAUUCAUGCGUCAUUUCAUCAAGCACACCGGUGCUAAUACCGAUUCGCCAACCAUGUUGCUGCUGGACAACCACGGUUCGCAUUUAUCGAUCGAGGCGAUAGAUUUGGCGUUGGAUCAUGGCAUCACGUUGCUGUCUUUUCCGCCGAAAUGCACGCACAAAAUGCAGCCGCUAGAUGUUGCGGUAUUUGCACCAUUUAAAGGCAUGAUGACCGUGAAGCAUGAUGCAUGGAAAAAGUCCAACAUUGGUGUCACUUUCGAUCUGCAUCAUGUGCCGCUCCUUGUCGAUCAGUGCCUCGAUGUUAUGUUAACGCCGAAAACCAUCAAAUUCGGCUUCCGAACAACUGGCAUCUACCCGUUCAACCCGCAAAUUUUCACUGAAGUUGACUUUGUCGCUUCGGAACUGAGCGGCGAAAAUUUGUUCGGCGACGAAGAGAAAGACGCCGACAAUCAACGUCGAGUUCUUGCCUCUGGUGAUGCCAUUGUGACUGCUGCGAAUGAGGAGGUGUCAACGUCGGAGGCAUCGACAAGUGCCCCAGCUUCAACAAGUGGUGCUGCAUCAUCGUCGUUGUCUCUUGUUUCGGCUCCACAGCUCCGUGAUGCAUUGAAAUCGGUUGGCCCGUUGAAAUUGGGCACACCUGCGCCGAAAUCAAAACGUGGCCGCAAGACAAUGGAGUCAACGAUUUUGACAUCGCCUGAGGUUGUCGCAGAUCUGCGUGACAAGGCCGAAAAAAAGCGGCAAAAAUUGACGAAGGCAGCCGAUGAACCAGCAGUCAAGAAGCAAAAAGGCCGUGGCAAAUCGAAGACGCCACGGAAGAGAAGCCCGUCUCCGACCGAAACCGACAUCGAAGAGGACUUCGAUUUUUGCACGAUUUGCAAGAAAAAGAUGCCGAAGCACGAGAAUCGUCAAAACACGGCCCAUUGCAUCGUUUGCGAUCGAGGGGUUCACUUGAAAUGUGCCGGACCGAACCCGAACACUUACACCUGCAUCCACUGCGAGUCGAAAUAAUUUUUUUCACCAAUUCCUAUUUUUCUUAUUAUUUAUAAAUCUCUCUUUCAUUUCCAUUGAUAAAUAAACGUUUUUCAUCGGUAACAAUCAUGUUUUAAUCGAUUUACAGACAUUCCCCACCUUUUUUCAAAAUCGCAAAAUCAGGUUUUUUGCGCCAAUGGCUAUAACUUUUAAAUUUUUGUAGAAUUUUAUCAAACCAAUGUUAUCAAAAGGAAGGUUACGACUCGCACUACAAAUCCAUGCUUUGGAAUUUUCACAAAAAAUAACUUUUAUGUGAGUUUUUAACCAAAAUCAAAACUAUGCUCAGCAUUCCCCACCUUUCCCUACCGGUUUUUCCUCAGCUGAUUCUGGGAUUUAUUGCGCUUCUUUUUGCUCUCUCCUUUAGCAAUUUUAGUGUUAAGUAAGUUACGAAAAUUAUUCCCAAGA